AUGGCGGCUCGCACGUGCGAUCCGACGGUGCUCUUUUGCGGCUUCAGAAGGAUUGACAAGAUCGCAGAAUAUUUCAAAGAAAAGUCACUAAAGUUAGGGGAGCAACUUUAUGCGGGCCGUCACGUGUUUGGCGUGAAAGAAGAAGUCAUUCAUCCCACAGCUCCCAGCGAAGUUGUAGGGAAAUGCCUCGCGCAGAUGAAGUCUGCUGUGUACAACGUCCGGCUUCAGCUUUCAGCGCACCCGAGACUCAUCGUGGGCGCGAGCUGCACCUGCAAGGCUGGCGUGCGUGGGUGGUGUAAACAUGGAGCAGCGCUCGCGACUUUUGUGAACAGCGAGAAGCACACUGCGUGCACGGACCGCCCUUGUGCCUGGGGGAAGCCGUCCUCGCGGCCCGUUCUCGACAAAAAAAAAAGGAUUGAUGAGCUCUUCCCACGCUACAAGAGUCAGCUUGGCAAUCCUGUGGUGACGCCGGCUUCACCAUCACUGCUGCUGCUAGGCCAUUUUGGUGAAAUAAGGUGCCCCUUGGCUGAGGUACUACAGGCAGAAAACAAGGAUGAUGUUGACAGGGACUGCUUCACCCUCUUGUCAGAGAUGGUUAACGAUGUGGUAGAUCAGUGCGACACCGAGAUGCUGACUGACCUACUGAAAGGAGAAAAAAAGGUGUACGGAGUGAUGAAGAUCGUCAACCUCCUUCCAUUACGCAUACAGAAGCAUGAUCCACUCCUGGAUAUGACGCAGGAGAGCCGGGCACUCUACGAAACAUUUGUCUGUAAAAAUUUCGACGAGAUUUUGGAGAUCGCCCUCAUGACAAGGGGUCAGGCAGCUGCCAGCAGGUGGGCCCAAGAGCGAAAAUUUCGCUUAACAAGCACGAAAGCCCAUGGAGUAAAGACAAGGCGGGCCAAGUUUCAUCGGCUUGCCAACUCCUUGGCUCAUCCCAAGACCUUCACUUCGGCUGCCACAUCAUAUGGCAGGGCAACCGAGGGCAAGGCACGGGCAGUGUUGGCGAGAGCUCUUGGAAAACCCGUGCACCAGGUUGGACUCGUGAUCCACCCGGAUCAACCAUGGCUGAGCUGCAGUCCAGACGGCAUUCUGUGCUGCGACGAUGGGUACCGCCUAGUGGAAGUGAAGUGCCCAUACUCUCUUCGAGAUUCAAAGUUAAUUGACUAUCACAAAGAGACGAGCUUUGUGAAAUACGUCAAGUAUGUAGAUGGACACCUCGUCCUGAAAAAGAGCCACAGUUACUACACUCAGGUUAUGGUCAUGAUGUAUAUCUUGAAUGUAGUUGAAACAUAUCUUUUUGUGUAUUCAAAGAAACAGCACAUCAUUGUCACAGUGCCCCGGGACGAGCAGUUCCUUGCAGAGUAUGUCCCGAAACUAGAGAAUUUCUACUUUCGGUACAUGCUCAAAGCAUUCCAGAGAAGUGUCUAGCGACAUUUGGGUGGUAACGCUGCAGUAACCAGAUUUAUAUAGCGACAGCAACUGAGGUAAAAAAUAGAUGCUUAAAACCAUGGGCCAUCAAUUACAUUUAACAUUAAAGAGACGCCGACACCCCCCUUUUUUUUUUUGUCCUGCCAGGCAAUUUAUUACGACGUCAGACUACCCAAUCAUUAUUUUGCUACAGUGUCACAUAUAUUUUUAAUAAAGUCAAGUAGUGCCACGGCUCGAAACCGGAACUGGACUGGGGAGGAAAAGGAAAUAUAGAGGUGGAGAAACAUACCAAAAGUCAUGCGACUGUGGAACUUUUUUUUUUUUCUUUCAAUCGCCGUAUUUGCAGUUUUUCAGAAGUCACAACAAAUGGGUAUCAUAUUUUGUGUCCAUUUUUAGUAUUGAGUGUGUGCCUUCGGUGACCCAUGACUGGUUGGUUACCUUUGGUGGUUGUGUCUAAACCAUAGAAAACGGCACCUAACCACGGAAAAGAGAGCGAGCGCAACUGAAACCAGCCGGUUCUCAAUCUGCGGUUUUCGGGUGGAAAGAAAACAAAUUUCAAGUUGCACAUUGUGUUCUGGGUAGUUAGGCGAGGACGAGGUGUUCAUCUACACACAAGAGAAGCAGAAUUGUUUUAUUUUUUAUCAAUCAAAAGGACAAUUAAGUACUGUGAUAUACAAUGUAGUGUUUGAAAAACUUUGUUUACUGUAAAA